AUGUCGGGCGACUUAUACCCAAGGAGACGUCUUCUCAGCCCACUUGAUGGCUAUGAGGAAGAGGAAAUCGAUGGAAAAAAGUCGAGAGAAAAAUACCUUGCAUACAAAGAGGAACUCCGCAAGAAGGCUCAUGAGAAAUUCGAAGAAGCUUAUCGCGAUUGGGAUGUUCCCUAUCUAAACGAUCCACGUACUCGGACACCUCGUUGGGAGAUGACGAAAGAAGAAGAGUUGCACUGGAGGAGUUUACAGAGAGAUUUCACCAAAGAUGAAAAAAAACGCGGUGUUUACAAUCACAAACGACCCCGUUCCAGAAGAACCAGUGGAUCCCAACAAUCUACCAAGGAAAUGUAA